AAAGUCAGCGAGAAGGUCGGAGGAGCGGAAGGAACCAAACUCGAUGACGACUUCAAAGAAAUGGAAAAGAAGGUGGACAUCACCAGCAGAGCGGUUCUGGACAUCAUGACCAAAACCACUGAGUACCUUCAGCCCAACCCGGCGUCCAGAGCCAAGCUGAGUAUGAUCAACACCAUGUCCAAGAUCCGCGGGCAGGAGAAGGGACCCGGUUACCCGCAGGCCGAAACCAUCCUGGGCGACGCCAUGUUCAAGUUCGGACGAGAGUUAGGAGAAGAGUCGUGCUUUGGACUGGCGCUGAUGGAUGCCGGCGAGGCCAUGAAGGAGCUCGGGGAGGUGAAAGAUGCUCUGGACAUGGAAGUCAAACAGAACUUCAUCGAUCCUCUGCAGAACCUCCACGAUAAAGACGUGAAGGAGAUCCAGCAUCAUUUGAAGAAGAUGGAAGGCCGCCGCUUGGACUUCGACUACAAGAAGAAGCGGCAGGGGAAGGUCCAGGACGACGAGAUCAAACAGGCGCUGGAGAAGUUCGACGAGAGCAAAGACAUCGCAGAGCAGAGCAUGUUCAACCUGCUGGAGAGCGACAUAGAACAGGUGAGCCAGCUGGCAGCACUGGUCCAGGCCCAGUUGGAGUACCACAGCCGUUCCUCUGAAAUCCUCCAACAGCUCUCCAGCAAGAUGGAGGACAGGAUAAAAGAAGUGUCCAGUAAACCCAGGAAGGAGUACACCCCCAAACCCAGAAUGACCCUGGAGCUUCUGCCCCCCAACGAGAGCCACAAUGGGGGGAUCCACUCAGCCAAAUCCCCCGGAAGAUCACCAGCACCGAUGGACCAGCCAUGCUGUCGAGCGCUCUACGACUUUGAGCCGGAGAACGAAGGCGAGCUUGGCUUCAAAGAGGGUGACGUCAUCACCCUGACCAAUCAGAUUGACGAAAACUGGUACGAGGGCAUGAUCAACGGCCAGUCGGGCUUCUUUCCCAUCAACUACGUGGAUAUCUUGGUGCCGCUCCCGCAUUAGUGUCCGUCAGCGGCCCGAUUCUUUCCCGUCUCGACCGAGACACCCGGAAAACAGCCUGUAUCUGCAGAAAUGACAAACCACGCCCUCUUUCUACUUCUUCUUCUGUGCUUCUGUGUGAUUCUGCUUUCACAAAGAGGGAGAGGCGCUGGACAACACGAGACCUUAAAGAGACAGGAUGAGAAGAGGAUGGUUGUAGAGAGAGAUGCGGUAAAGGAGGACUGAGAGAAACG